AUGACAUUCGGAUCAGCACUCGGCAUCCGCUUGAGACUUGAAGUCGUUGUUCUGCUGCACUGGGCGACGUCUCAUGUCGGAGGACUCUACACACGUAAUGACCUCAAUGGAGUCCGUGUGUUCUCCGACAGUGCACCUCUCUCUCGAGAAGUCUAUAGUCCACCCGUCACGUCACCCGACGCGUCGACAAUCUGGGAUAUAGGCUCAAUAGAACAAGUGACAUGGGACACUUCCUCGAUACCUAAGGCCAUCACAAAUUCCAAGGGCAAGCUUGUACUGGGGUAUGUCAAUAAUGGGACUGACGAACAUCUCGAUCUUGACCAUCCGCUCGCGGAGGGGUUCGAGAUUACGCAAGGCUUCGUACAGGUGGUAGUGCCUAACGUCAAACCGGCAAAUGACUAUAUAGUCGUCUUGUUUGGGGACUCUGGCAACCGGAGUCCAGCGUUCACCAUCUCUUAG